AUGCCAUCUUCUUCUUCCAGCACCACCAGCACCACCACGACUUCUCAACUCUCUUUGAAUUUCCUCUCUGAAAUUCCCUCUCAAGUUCCUUGUGAUGAAUCCGAUCCUACUUUCACCAAAUCCUUUGAUCCUCUCACACAAAUGGAUCAAGCAAAAGAGUUCUUUCGGGAAUGGGGUUUUGCAGUCUUUAGAAAUGUCUUGAAUUCGGAACAGGUUGAAAAGUCCAUUCAGGACGUGAUGGAUUAUUUGGAAUCAGGACAAGUCUUGAAUACCUAUGCAGGUGAUUUAUUGAAACGACAUGAAACACAGUUGAAACGAGAGAAUCCUAGUACAUGGAUCAACUCGAAUUGGCCAUCCAUGAAAGAGGAAGGUAUUUUAGGUGUUCCUCCUGUGUUCACGAAACAAGCCAUGGACAAUCGGCAACAAGAGUUGUUGUAUCAUGUCUUUAAAGAAAUGACAGACCUACGAAGAAUGGUCGUUCCAAAGAAAAAGACCGAGGAGAAAUUAGUCGUGGUGGAUACCGAGGUGAAAGAUUUUCCCGAGCACAAAUCCAAACGUAAUGUUCACUUUGAUCGAAAUCCAUGGUCCUAUGUCUAUGAUUUGAAUUCAUUGUCUGGUGCAUUUCCUCAUGAUUAUCUGUAUUUGCCUGGAUUUUGCGUUGAAUACAAUGAAGCCGGUCGUUACGAUGACGGAAUUGUGAAAUUACAGGCCUUACUCAAUUUUGUGGAUAAUCGAGAACAAGACGGUGGAUUUAUCAUUGUUCCAAAGUUUCACAAAUACUUCCUCCAAUGGGUUCAAGCAACAAAGAAAACUCUUGGAGCCAAACACCAUUCGAGUUUUUUAGUGUUAAAUUCCAUCCAAAAGGAAAUUGCAGAGAAGGGAGUGAGACUUCCUUUGAGGGCUGGAGAUUUGUUGAUUUGGGAUAUUGUGAUGCCUCAUGGAUCUGCUCCGAAUGAUUCUGACAGAUAUCGACUUUGUCAAUUUUUGAAAAUGUUUCCUGCACAGCCUUUGAAGAAGGAGAGAAUGAAGGUGAUACAAAAAGCUGUAGAUUUGAAUGGAAUGCAAUUGACAGAACUUGGAGCAAAAUUGUUUGGUUUGAAAGAGUGGUGA